UCGUUCAAUACAUCGUUGAGUAAACUAUCAUGCGGUGUCUACUGUUGUGGAAUGGCCUCUUGUUUUGCCUUUUUGUAUAGCUACUCACUGCAAACAUGCCUCCUUUUGGACAGUUCGGUGACGACAAACCCUUACUUUCUCUACGACAGAAAUUGGUUGUACUUUGUUAAAAGCAACGACUGUCCUGUGUCAUGGAUAAGGAACGGAGGGAGUAGUUAUUGCUUUGUGAAAAAGAGACUGCAAUGGAGAUCUUCAAAGGAAAGCUGCAUUUCGAUGGGAACACAUCUUCUUGCAAUAGAAACUGAAGUUGAGAAAACAUGGAUUCAAGACAAAGCCUCUGGGGACUCUUGGUGGAUCGGGGGUACUGACUCAAACUCGGAGGGUACGUUUUACUGGGAACACUCUUCCAAGACUAUGACGUACACAAACUGGUAUUCUAAUCAACCAAACGGUGAUGCAAACGAAAACUGCGUUUCAAUGGAAGGCGACGGAUCCUGGCAUGAUUACUCAUGCAAUCACACGUUUUACUAUAUUUGUGAAAAAUAAUUGAACACGGUAUAAUGUAAGCUAUACAAGAGAAUGACUAAAAUCGUAAUUUUAUUUAUAAACGUACAAUAUUAGUUCUCUGGAA